AUGUACCGCCAUACCGCUUUGCACCACGCAUCAUGCGGGAAGCUUUCGCUGCCCCGCGCCCACGUAGGCAGGCCCUUAGUACCACCACACAUACCACUGGCCCACUCAUUCCAAGCUCGCUCACGGGUGGCCCUCAAUGUUUCCGCCGCCGCUGCCGCCAGCACACCGGAUCCUGCGGGAUUUACGCCGCUGAACGCCGGGGCACGCAUUCCUCGUAGGGUUGGCGAGGUUGGUUCGGCGUGUCAGAACCUGAUACGGCAGCAGCAGAAGCGGGCCCUGCGCAGCGAGGCUCAUGCAGUUGCCGCACCUGACCAGUACGGCGUGGCGGAUUCACCCGUGGAUUGCGCGUCGUGCGACGUGCCCGACGACGCAGACGUCGAGUUGCUGCAGUGCUUUCCAGAUUUCGUCCUCGACCCGUCUGAGAGCGACGGGUCAACCCGGCUAUUUCGGAAGAGCUUCUCCCUGCAUGAUGCUUCUCCCGCGAGCCGUUACUUUCCCGGAGGCACAGAUUGCAGCGAAGGGUACGUCUCGAUGCCCGAUGCGACGUCGUCGUCAUCGCCGUCCGCGUCGCGCUUCUCCCUGUCUUCCGAGGCCGCAAGGCCCCCCUAUUCGUCGAUGUCCCCUCGGGACGCCAUGCCGCUGCACGCGUCGCCAGAUUCUUCGGUGACUGAUACCAGUCUCGUGCAGCCGUCCUCAUCCCCCCGUGACCCAUCUCGACCGCAGCCACCGCCUGUGCGCGUGGACGAGUUGAAGCAGGGAGCCAUCCGCGCGAUCAUCCGCGCGGAGGAGAAUUACCGCCAGGCGUUCCACGCGCUGCAGGAGGCGCAGGCGCGGCUGGAGAGCACGCGGAUGAUGGCCGCGGAGCUCAACGCCAUUCCGCCGCUGUCGCUUCCACCGUCGCCGCACUCGUCGCCCGCCCACUCGCCGCCCGCGUCGCCGUUGCGGUCGGCGUCGGCGUCGCCCUCGCUGUCGCGGUCGCCCAGCGCGUCGCGACUGGACACCGUCGACGCGACGCUGCUAGAUUUAGACGUACACGUGGACGCGAAUGGGUUUGGAGUGGAAGGCGCGGGGUUGGAAGGUGGUCUGGUGGGCGGCAUGGAGCGAGCGGCGGAGCCGGAGGUGGUGGUGGCGAUGAUGGACUCGCUGGCGGCGCAGAGAGAGCGCUCGCGGGAGUCGCUGCGGAUGGCGGAGCAGGUGCUGCGCGACCGCCUCGGUGAAGCGUACGUGCAGGUCAGUCGUUGUCCUGCGUCCGCCCUUGCCCCCUCCGCCGUUCCCACACCCGCGCUUCCCCCAUCUCCCCCCACCCCCCCACCCCGCCCACCCCCCUUUCUCUCCCAUGCUCUUCUCUGUGCCCUUUCCGGCCCCGUAUCGUGCUGCACUGCUCUCUUUACCCGAAAUUCUCACCCGCCCACGCGUCGCCUUCUACCGUCUUCCGCCCGGUAUCCCCUCACGCCCGUUUUCCCUCCCGCCCGUUUCCCCUCCCGCCCGUUUCCCCUCCCGCCCGUUUCCCCUCCCGCCCGUUUUCCCCUCCCGCCCAGCCAAGUGAUCGACCACCACAUAGAGAUGAUGGACUGCGGUGGCCAGUACCACGUCGCGCACUGGCUCGUCGACAAGGUGCAAGAAAUCGCCUCCGCCUCCUCUCGCGCCGACUGGAGCACCGCCAACGCCGCGUGCAACGGCUCCAUCGGCUGCGCACCGGUCGGCGCCGGCGCCGUUGACGGCGGUGCGGCGGCGGCGGCGCCGCUCGCCGUGCCUGUGAACCUGGACCUGGCGGCGCAGGGAUACGACGACCACGCGGUGCGGUUCCUGCAGCACCUGCCGUACGAUCGAGUGCUCAAGAUCCGCACCAUCGCAUCCGACCCGCCCGUUGCGCUUCUGCCGUCGCCAGAUACGCCCGACGCAGCGGACAGCAGGGAAACGGUUACGGGGACGGCGAAUUCGUCGUCCACGUCGCCUGGCGAAAGCUCCGCCAGCUCGGCGAAAAUAUCCGCCGUUGAUGCAGGGUCGGUGUCCCCGGUAUCAGCGGGCGCGCAGCAGGGAGCAGCGGAAGCCAUGCCGUUGCGGAGUGCCGUGCAAAGCGGCCAGCAGCUCACGUUUCAGGCGCCCUGGGCUAAUCUCCUGCCAGGAACCGUUGGCUGGUCACCGCCCGGGCUCCUCCCAGCGCCUCCGCCACCCGCUGCUGGUAACGAGAGCCAGCCCCGCGAGACCAGGAGUCGGCGCGCGCGGGUUUCCAAGCGCACUGCGCCUGCUACGCCCCCCCCGGAUACCGCGGACGGCGGAGAGUCUUCCGCGGAGCCGGUGUGGCUACCCGCGUCGAGCUUCGAGCUCGCGGAAGCAGCAGCUGCGGCGCUAAGUCAGACAGGCGCGGGGUUAGCGGGGAGGGGGCCGGUGGUGGGGCAGUGGAAGCAGUGGGACCCGCUGGACCUAGCGUCGUCGUCGGCGUUCGUGAAGGAGUUUGGCGACGACGAUGACGACGCGUACGACGCGCGGCUCGUGGACAUGGCGAUGGCGGCCGCGGCGGACCGCGGGCAGGAGGAGAAGGAGCGGCAGGCGUGGAUGCGCAUGGAGCUGCUGCUGGUGUGCUGCGCCGCGCUGUACAUGGCGUGGCACUGCGACGCCGUGUCGCUCGCGAAAGACGUGUACGUGCUCGCGCUCGGCUCGGGAUUCGCGUUUCUCGCGGCGCAGUUCGUAGGGCUGCUGCCACAGCGGCGCCGCUCGCAACUGGGGGUUGCGGGGCUGGAGGGGACCGAGGGAAUCCAGGGAAUUCGCUGCCCGCUGCUCGUGCACAUGGCUGCGACUAGUGCGGGGCUGGGUUCUUCUGCUGAUACGCUGCUUGCUGCUGGUAGUGGGGUGACGGCGUCCGCUGCAGGGGGUGGGGCGGGGGAGGUGUGGCGGGAGACAGGAGAAGGGGUGGUGCAGGAGGAGGCGCAGCAGCAGCAACUGGACGCCAAACGCCAUCGAACAUGGGAAGCGGCAAUUGAGGUGAUCGGCCUGGUGUCCGCCCUGCUCGCCCUCUCAACCGUGCUGGCGCUCCUCAUCAAGUCCUUCCACCUCCUCCUUUCCUUCCUCACCUCCUCGCUCUCACACGGAGUGACACGGGGCGUGCAAGUGCUGCUCACAUGGUUCUCUGCGUCGCAGCUCUCAGCCAUCGCUGCGUGGCCGGCGGCUGGCUGGAUGUCAACAACUGCAGCACUUCCUUCCAGUAUUCUCACUAGUGAUUUCGCCCUGCGAGGGGCGGUUCUGCCCCUGUCCCUCUCACUGACUUCGGCUGUUGCUCUUACUCUGCUGCUGCUGUUUCGUCCAGCCAAUGGCUCGUCUCAGCGUGCUUAA